AACUAAGUAAACUUUAAAAGAAAAAUAUACAUAAUUAACAAUACGUUCAAUCAAAAACAAAAUAUGUUAACCUGGCGGAAUAAAAAAGAUAGGAGCAGAGCAAGAAUAUGCAUAUGCAGUUCUUUUGCUCGGCAUAACCAAAUAUUGCUAAUGGUUUAAGUAUAACACACAAGUGAAAGAAAAAACAGAAAACGAGAAAAAAAUAAAACACUGAAAAAACAUUCCGCAUUGCCUUAAGCUGCCCCCCCGCCCCGCCUCUUAAGCCAAAUAAGAACCGCCGCAGCCAAUGUGACCUAGUUAAAGGGAUUUUCACUCCAACAGAGGACAACAAGCACAAAGGAUUAUCAAUUUGGCUGGGCAAAUUUUAAUGAAGUUUGCCAACAUCAUCAACAUGCACAUGGAACUCGCAUCGCCGUCGCCCUCCACCUCCACUCCAACCCGGAUUGGCCAGGGGAUGCUGAUCAAAGCAAUCAUCUUGUCCGUGCUCAUCUGCUUGCCGGGUGCCCAAGGCUUAAAGGAAGCUACCAGAUCAAUGAUAUUGGACAGUACAAGAAUAAAUGAGAAGACAUUUGAAACUCAAACGAAAACUCAAUCAAAGCAAACAUCGUUGACAGCGGCAACAACGGCAACCAAAUCGUUGGCAUUAAUUUUGGCAGCGACACAAAUUACCAACCAUCAGACAGAAAAACUCGUUGCAGCCACUGCACCAACACAUCCAAACUCUGCCCAUUCCCCUGUUUCAUUGACUGGAUCGUUCCUUGGCAGCAAUGUUGCCAUUAAUAACAUUAGCAACAAUGGAGACAAUUCCACAAUGGCAACCAAUGUGUCUAUCGCUCUGGAGGCAAAUCUUAUUAUGAGCAAUAGAAAUGUGCAGGACGAACAGGAUUCUAUAGAGCACAAUGCGACAAUGUCAUCAACAGACUCCUCUGCCACAUCAACUUCAACUACAACAACAACAACAACAACAACAACGACAGUCAAGCCAACAACAACAACUACUCGUCGUCCGGCGCCAACAACCACAUUGAAGCCACCACCAACAAUAGAUGAUUACCAGACAAUAAUUAGCCAGGCAGGCACUCAUGCCUAUCUGCCAUGCAAUGUGAAGCAGCUGGUAAAGAAACCCAUAUCAUGGCUACGUAUGCGAGAUGGACAUAUAUUGACAGUUGAUCAGACUACAUUUAUAGCAGAUCAACGUUUCCAAUCAGUUUUCUCACCAAAUCCGGAGCGUUGGUCGCUGCAAAUCAAAUACGUACAGGUGAAGGAUGAGGGUACCUAUGAGUGUCAGGUUUCUACAGAGCCCAAAGCCAGCGCCAUUGUGCAUUUAAGGAUUGUGGAACCGAAAACCGAAUUAAUUGGAGAGUCCACGCGUCACGUUAAGGCCGGAAGUCAAGUGAAAUUGCGUUGCAUUAUUAGUCAAGCAUUGGAGCCGCCACUUUUCAUUAAUUGGUUUUACAAUCAAAAGCAAAUCUAUUUGCAUAAUCGUCGCGGUUGGCGUACGGAAAUUGAACGUAUCGAUCUGCCAACGGAAGCGCCGACAACAACAACAAUUGCCACAACUACGAGAGCAGCGACAGAAACUUCGGCAACAGCAACAUCAGCAGCCCCAUCAACAUCAACAGCAUCUGCAUCGGCAGCAGCAGCAGAGGCUUCUAAUGGUUUAUUAACCAUAACACGUUCAUAUAUUUUAGAUGCCAUAUCCGUAAUUGAUGGUAGUGAUGCCAUCACAGAGAUAAACGCACCGACGACAGCCCCAGAAGCAGAUAAUACCGGCAAUGUUACCGCGGCAACAUCAACACCGACGACAGCAACAUUGGUUUCAGGAACUGCUGCAACGGCAGGAUUAACAACUACGCCAGCAGAAACAACAACAGGAUGGCCAAGUACCACAUCGACGACAGCUGCAACGACAACAACAACCACAAUGGUGCCCAGCAGUAGUUUCAUUAAACAAAUAACAACAGCGUCGCUCAUCAUUCCAGCUGUAGUGAAACUGGAUUCGGGCAACUAUACAUGCAGCCCCUCGAACAGUGCCCCCCGCACCAUUGUUCUACAUGUGCUGAACGGUGAAUAUUCCGCAUCGGCCAUUAAAUCCGCCAGCAAUACGCUAAUUGGAUGUCGUGGCUAUUUACAGUGGCAUAGUGUUUCAACGAUUUUGACACUUUUGUGGAUUAUAAAAUUUGCAAUGGCAAGAAAUAUGACAGUUUGUACAACAGCCGGAACAAGGAAAGCAAAUACCAUGCGUCAAGAAGGAAAACGAAUUGUGGUAUACCAUCAACAUACGACCAGUUCAAUUAGUGGCGCCAAAGUGGUUGAGGAUAAAACUUGAGCAAAUGCUAUGGAACGUGAUCAAAGGAAAUCCCAAAAACACCAAAAUUAAAAAGUGAAUUUGGGUUCUAAUACAACAAAAAUACUCGU